AUGGAACCCAGCACGGACGAUGUGUGCGCUGUUUGUGCUCGCCCGGGUAGACCCUGUACUGGUUGCAACGACAUCCACUACUGCGGUCGCACCCAUCAAAUGGAAGAUGAGCCAAUUCACAAGCUGGUCUGUAAGAAAUUUGCGCGCCGUUCUGGCCUUCUCAGGUUCGACGAAGCGUGGGUAAUGUACUUCCCGGUCGAUAGUACAGAGCCUGAGUUCACAAAGCUUUUAUUCACUUGCACACGGCCGCAAUGGAAUGGUGCUACUCCUUUCCGCGGAAGCAGCCUGAUGGUCAAUGGUUGUUCGUCUACCUGUCCUUGCAAAUUCAACACGCACGACAUCCGUUUCAUUUCCUCCUCGGUUCAUAACUCGCUCUGUCGAUACAUCCACAUCGUCGCUCCGGAGCGCGAAGACAACGCAUCGGUACAUGACACAGAAGACAUGGUGAAUAAAUGUAUCAAGACUCUGACUGGGGAUACUUCCUGGAAGGGACCUGUCAUCGUGUACGCAAAGAUUCCUAAGGGGAAACCUGUGGAUAUGGGGACGUCAUUCUUCAGCAGAACCUUGAGUGCGUUCAGUGACGUCGUUGGUGUGCGUAUCAACUGCGAUGUGGCUGUGAAAAGGCUCAACGCACCACAAUUUGAAGCUGUGGCAAUCAAGAGCUACGAUCUCAGGGGCACGAUUGACGAUCGCUCCUGGAAUCUGGCUCGCGGUCAUCAUAACGCAGCUUUCCUCACUCAACACACUGGCACAGUGUUACAGGACAGACCAGAAUCUCAUGCAGAAGACCCUAGCCACUCUGGUCUCCACAGAAGAAAUUCCACCUCAAGACUAUUGUCUAUCCCUUGCGACAUUAGUGAGCAAAACUUUGGCUUCUAUAGCCGACCACACGAUACUGGAAAUGUGAUCGUCGUACGCGAGGACAGGAAACCACUGGAAGUCGAUCGCGGUAGACUGACAGAUGAAGACACAGAAGACAAGAAAGAUGAGGAGAUGGCAGAUAUCGUUGAGAACGAAGAUACAACAGACGACGAGAUGCCUGAGGAUGGCGAGGAGUUCGACGACAGCGACGUUGACGAUGACAUAUUCGACGACGAGAGCAGCGAUGUUCAAGAUGGCGACAAUGCAGAAUGA